CAUUUGAUUGAAUUUUCAAAACAACUUCAUCAAAAUAAUAACAGAAAAUAACUGAAAUUAGAAAUCAAAAUAUCGUUGGUCCCAUCCUGAACAUACAUAGCCGAACUAAACAGUCAGUCGGAGAUGGAGCAGGAAUAUGAAAUUCAGCAUUUUGGAUUUUCUGUUGCCGAACUGAAAAAAGAGACCACCGAUAUGAUUCACGGCGAGAUUGACAAAGCGUGUGACAUGCUGGUCGGAAGCAUUACGACAAUUCCACAAGUGGACGGUAACAUAGCAGCGGAAAUCGACCGAAAGAAGAACGAUCUAGCCAGCGACAUAAAGGAAUUGCUGAAAGAAUCAUUGGACGAAAUGGGCAACAUUAUGACGGACCAUUUCUCGAUUCCGCGGAAUGUUACGCUCAGCACAGAUCAGUUGAAGUUGAAGAGCAUCGAUGUCAACGAGGAGCAUUUGCAAAAGGAGCUGGACGAACGAGUGAGGCACUUUAUGAGGUUGGAGCAAUUCUUUAACGCAUUGAGCGAUGAACUGGAAUCGUACAACACAAACGAGAAUUUGCUGCAGCAACAGGAGUCCAUUCUGGACAUGUGUGAAAGACAACUGAUAGCGGCGCAGUCCGACUUGAAUUAUAUCGAUGAACAAACGGCUAGGGUCAAUACGAAUUUUUAACCAUUCGGAGAAUGUUCUGUUUAGCAAAGAAAGAAAGAGAAGGAGUGAAAUACAAGAGAAACGAAAAAUGUUUUGUUCAAAA